AUGCAGAAACGGUUAUUCUCAUGUCUGAGGACUUUGCAGCAUGAGAAUCCAUUGGUAUNNGGACUGCCUAGAUCUGGCACGCCGCCUAACCUAAGAGCUCGCAUGCAAAGAGGUCUACCAGAGAAACGACCCAUUAAAGAUGUCAAGAAAGUCAUUGCAGUAUCUUCAGCCAAAGGUGGUGUUGGCAAAUCAACGGUAUCAGGUGUGCAUUCAUGCCUAUCCCCAAACUCGACCUCCGGGCUAAAAGGAAACANNGUGAACCUUGCUCUCGCAUUCGCAAGAAGUGGUUUGAGGAGUGGUGUCCUUGAUACCGAUAUCUUUGGGCCCUCAAUUCCAACUUUACUUGAUCUUGAAGGAAAUGAACCGAGACUAUCAGCCAGUAUCAGCGCCNCAAUACAAACCGUCUUGAGAUUUUGGCUGAUGUGUGACACAGACAACCAAUUAAUACCGCUCACAAACUACGGAUUGAAAUCUAUGUCCAUGGGUUAUCUCGUGCCGGAAACAUCGGCAAUCGUAUGGAGAGGCCUCAUGGUCAUGAAGGCGCUUCAACAACUUUUACAUGAGGUUGAAUGGGAUGGACUUGACGUCCUCGUCCUUGACCUUCCGCCAGGUACCGGUGAUGUACAGUUGACCAUAACGCAACAGAUCGAACUUGAUGGUAUGAAGCGGUGCGUGUCGAAUCACGAACAAAAUGUUCUGACAAAUUCACAGNGCGCGGUCAUUGUGUCUACACCACAGGAUGUUGCACUCAAAGAUGCAGUCCGCGGUGUUGAGAUGUUCCGAAAAGUGAAAGUGCCGGUACGACAUCCAGUGUCUCUUUGCCUUGAAAACCAGCUGACGUUGUUUACAGNNAUCCUUGGCAUGGUGCAGAACAUGUCUGCAUUCACAUGUCCGAACUGCUCUACCACACAUUCUAUCUUCGGUCGUGAAGGUGUCAUCAAGAAGUGUGAUGAGAUGAACAUCAAGCUUCUUGCCGAUAUACCUCUCCAUCCUAGCAUCUGUGAAGACGCAGAUCGAGGAAAGCCCACGGUGGUUGCAGAGCCAGAUAGCUUGCGAGCGCAAGUUUUCAAGGAUCUGGCGGCAGAGCUUAGAGGGCAGCUGCAAUUCUGA